AUGGGAAGGCUUAUCAAGAAUCAUUGGGCGAGGCUCAUCAUCCUGGCGGCAGCAACCUACCAAGUCGCGGCCGCAGUGGAAGGGUUCUUUUGGCCCAAGAUAUUCUGGGACUUCAUGACCAAAACGCUCGAUCCGGCCGUCAAACCGAUACCGGUCCUUCAGACCGUCAAUCUCGUCUUUGGCCUAAUCCUCCUGGCAUGGGAGUGGCCACUGAACUUCCUCGCCGGCUCUAGCCUCCACCGAAGCCUCGAAGCGCGCCUCGUCUUUCUCCCGCUCACCGCCCUCGCCGCCGUAUUGAUGUACCAGGGCACGAAUGCCGCCAUCUACCAGGUCAUCGGCUUGGGAGUCUACUUUUGGGCAUAUAGUGAAGGAGAGAUGAUUUGCGCGAAGCCGUGGACGCUCCCGCAACGGACGCCGCGAAAUGGUCGGGUCUAA